AUGUCACAAAUGUUUCCACAAAUGAAAUUUCGAGUGUCGGGACUAGAUGCAAAAGCAAAGUACAUUCUGUUGUUGGAUAUCGUGGCGUCGGACGACUACCGGUACAAAUUCCAUAAUAGUCGAUGGAUGAUCGCGGGCAAGGCGGACCCGGAGAUGCCGAAACGGAUGUACAUCCAUCCGGAUUCGCCAUCGACGGGCGAGCAGUGGAUGCAGAAAGUGGUGUCGUUUCACAAGCUGAAACUGACCAACAACAUUAGUGAUAAGCAUGGAUUUGUUGGCGAUGCCUCCGCCGUCUGGACGAUCCUCAACUCAAUGCACAAGUACCAGCCAAGAUUUCAUUUAGUCCGAGCGAACGAUAUCCUAAAGCUCCCGUACUCGACGUUUCGAACGUACGUGUUCAAGGAAACCGAGUUCAUAGCCGUAACUGCAUAUCAGAAUGAAAAAAUAACGCAAUUGAAAAUAGAUAAUAAUCCCUUUGCGAAAGGAUUUCGUGAUACCGGCGCUGGCAAGCGGGAAAAGAACUGCUCGGCCUUCCGGCAAUCGCUGAUGGGCCAGCGAAGCAACGAUGGGGACAAGCUGAGCCCGAGCUCCGUGAGCACCUCGCGGGGCGGACCCGGUCUGAUGGAUCACCGAACGAAUAGCAUAUCAACACUGGACGACGACGACAAACUGCUGGAUGUCGUUGGGCCUCCGCAAAGUCCGCUCUUGUCACUGAGCCAGCAGAUGCAGCAACAUGCAGGGUGGUUCAACUUUGAAGACGUUCAACGGGCAGAGGAAGCCAUGCGGCGCCGAUUGCAGUCAGACGAGAACGAACGGGACGGAAGCGAUUCCAACUGCUCGGAUAGUGUUUCAGGAAGUACAGGUGCCUUUCGUCCGACCUCGGGCAGCCCAAAGGAGUCGUCGAGUAGCGCCGGCACAUCGUAUCCUUCACCGAACAUCUCCGUCGGCCCGCCAAUCCACCCGCCGCCGCAUUUGUUACCGUAUCUGUACCCCCAUGGACUGUACCCUCCACCUCACCUCUCGUUGUUACACAAUCCGGCGGCUGCGGCUGCAAUGAAUCCUAGCCUACUGUUCAACGCUCAAUUGGCCCUAGCGGCGCAACAUCCAGCCUUCUUCGGUCACUAUUCGGGCCACUCGCCAUCCUCGCCACUGCACAGUCUGAAAGGACACCGAUUCUCACCGUACAGUUUACCGGGUUCGGGUCUAGGGUCGGCAUUCGAUGCCGUCACGCCCGGCUCGAAUUCCGGUGGACACCGAAGUCUCAGCAGUAGUCCUCAUCCUCGAGCUGGCUCGAACUCUCCACCCACCAGGCCGAUUUCAGUAUCCCCUACACCCACCCAGAAUCCAACGUCUCCUGUUUCGGCAGAGACCGGUGCUACCAACGCAGCAAUCCCUCCACCUCCAGUAGUGCCCCUGGGCGUCACCACCAUGCCUUCCAACUCACCGUCCGAGUUGAAGAGCAUAGAGAAGAUGGUCAAUGGCCUGGAGGUGCAGCAUGGACUCAACGGCAGCCUCGAGAGUAGCAAACUUCAGCAGCUGGCCAGCCACGACCAGUGACGGCUCCUGGACGGUUCUGGGGGAGAUAAUCUCAACCAGGACAUGUGACAGUUGGCAAUAAGUUCCAGCAAGAUUUUCACCAUAAUCUGAACAUCUUGCGCCCGCAACCGACGCAAAAACAAAAAACAAACAAACACACACAAAAUCGCCUCAUGCCACGGGAGGGUUUCGCAGAGGGAAGAUGUUAGCCAGAACCUGUUAUCUAGAUGAAUUACUGUGCAAAUAUUUAUACCUAGAAUUUAAUCGAACAAAAAAUCGACGGAUCCUUUCAUUCUUUUAACAAAAGCAAAAUCUCCGUAUAAAGUUAGUUAAAUCAAUUCCUAGAAUGGAAGCAGCUAUAAAUUUCGCGUUAUUUUAACACAACCAGAAAAGGAAGCAAAACUAAUUACCAGUUUCAAUUUUAAUCGCUAACGCAGCAAGCGUUGGUGCGUCAAAUUUGUAUGUGGAAUGUGUAAAUAGAAACAAAACAAAAAAACUCCGUACUCGGGGAGGCCACGUGGUAGGUGAGCGUGCGAAAAACCGACGCCUACUGGGUGUUGUGCUGCAGCCUCCUCACAAUAUCACAACAACACAAUCACAUCAGGAAGAAAUUGUAGCAAACAAAAAAAACAAA